CCACUGUCAAAAUCAUCAUUUCCAAGCAGUUUUUCUAACAAGACGGAUCAAACCAGAAAUUAAAGUUUUUUGUAAUAUCCUUUGUUUUAAAAAGAUAUUGUUUAAACUACACUUUAACAUGUCCGUGAUCCGUUUGUCGUUAUUUUGUGCCGCUUUCGGUCUCGUUAUCGCUGUGCCUAUGCAUCAAGAAACUACACCCGCUGAAUCUUCCCCAUCGCAGAUCGAAGAUUCAUUAUUAGGUUUUGGAAAAGUGUUAUGGUCAGUUGUUGAUGAUUGCUUCGGUGGAGUUUCAUCUGAAAGACCUACAGUUUGCUUAAAAAGCCGAGCUCUGAUUGCAUUAGAUCGGGCGCUUAGCAAGCCCACAGUUAACAUUAUGGAAGGCGUUGCUUUAACAGCUCGUACCGCAAAGUCUGUUGUUGAUAAUUCCAGCGAAAACAAUGAUCGUGUUAUACUUGAAUCUACCAAAGAUGUCGACCAAAAGGAUGCAUUACUUGAUGACAUGAUCGCUAACCGUGUAGACAAGUUGAUGGCCACCAGAACAAUCGUUUUGGAUGGACUUCUUGGACAAGAAGGCCGUAAGAAGAAAGACAAGGGUAUGCAACAAGCAAUGAUGAUGGCUGGUAUGAUGGCAGCUGCAAUCAUGGGACCAAUGGCUUUCAAAAUGGUUGCUUUGAUGGCAGGUAAAGCCCUCUUAAUCAGUAAAAUAGCCUUGGUAUUAUCUGGCAUCAUUGCUCUGAAAAAAUUGUUACAACCUCAACAAGGUGGUGAGUCUCAUGAAUCCGUAUCGCAUCACUAUGGCAGAAGUUUGGAAGUUGACUCUGCCGCAGCUCAAAAUAUGGCAUACUCAGCCCAAAAACAGUAAAAUUAAAAUGAAAGAAAAUCGUUAGCUUAUUUAAAUUUUAAUAUUUUAUUUAUUUAUUAACU